UCAGCCCGCUCAUCUCCCCUUGCUCUCGACGCACUCAUCGAGACUUCAGCCCUCCCCAGACUCGUAGCGACUCACCUCAAGGCCUCCAUGGCUAACAAUGCCCAGCAUGAGGCUCCUCGACGACAAGUGCACCAACCUAUACGCAUUCAAUGUCAGAUAUGCCACGAGUCAUUCCAAAAUCGCUCCGGCCUUACCCAGCAUCGGAACGCGAAGCAUGUCGAGAUGCCUGUGUAUGAUCCUGGUCGGAACAACGCCAACCUGCAAGGCCCGCAGGAGGAUCCCGAAGUUCAGCUCUUUCCAGCGGAGCCAGAUGUCGACGAGGCUGGAGGUGUAGGAGGAGGAGAACCUGAUGGUCAGCCUGAGGAUGGGCCGGAAGAUGACAGGAUGGGGGAGGACCAAGGGCAGAAUAACACACAUUACCACCAACAUAUCGACGCACGACCCUGCACCGAAGAUGGUGGCGAGUACCUACCUCCAGGUACGCCGCCGCAGCCACGCGAACGGGCUGCCCAAGGAGAUUGGGCACCAUUCGGUAGCCGGAUAGAGUUCGAAGCUGGCGAGUUCCUGUUCAAGAAGAUCGAGAUGUCAGCAGGCGAUGUCGGGACCAUCAUGGAUCUAUGGGCCGCUUCGCUCAUUUCGUUCGGCGCGAAGCCACCCUUUGCAAACGCAGUAGACAUGCUCGCUGUCAUUGACGAGAUCCAACAUGGGGACGCACCUUGGCGUAGCUUCAUUGUUCAGUACCAAGGUCCCAUUCCGGAGGUCGGCCAGGUGCCGUCUUGGAUGACCGCGCAGUACACUGUUUGGACGCGGGAUCCACGCAAGCUCAUCCAUCUUCUCCUCGAGAAUGAAGACUUCGAUGGCGAGAUUGACUAUGUACCGUACUGUGAGAAAGACGAAGAGGGAAAGCAGCGACUCACAAACUUCUUCUCGGGCAAUUGGGCAUGGCGUCAGGCAGACACCAUUGCCGAGGAUCCCACGACGCAUGGCGCGAUGUUCGUACCAGUCAUCCUGGGAAGUGAUAAGACCACGGUGUCAGUAGCUACUGGUCAGAAUGAAUACUAUCCGCUCUACCUUUCGAUUGGGAACCUCCACAACACCGUCCGACGAGCUCACCGCAAUGCCGUCCAUGUCCUCGCAUUCCUAGCAAUUCCACAUGCUGACAGGAAAGACAAGGACACCACCGCGUUUCGUUCGUUCAAGCGCCAGCUGUACCAUGCAAGUCUGGGCAACAUACUUACUCCGCUUCGCCCGGGUAUGUCGACACCUGAGGUCGUACGAUGUCCCGACGCACACUUUCGUCGCGCCGUUUACGGAAUAGGCCCAAAUACGCAGGAUUAUCCAGAGCAGGCGCUCGCUGCAUGUGUCGUCGAAGGUUGGUGCCCUAUAUGUUUUGGUCACCAUAAUGACCUCGAUGCCGGAGCUGAUCAAGGGCGACGUACGGAGGAGUUUACAGAAGCGUUAGUUGCGAUGCUUGAUGAGCGUGCACUCUGGCAGGAUUAUGGGAUUGUCAGCAACGUCAUCCCAUACACCAAUGAUUUCCCGAGAGCGGACAUUCACGAACUACUCUCGGGUGAUCUUCUUCAUCAGAUCAUCAAACCCUUCAAAGACCACCUCGUCGAUUGGAUUAUAAUACUCCUGAUCAUUAUAUACGGGGAAGCGCUAGCCAGUGUGAUCUUGGACGAACUUGAUCGCCGUUUAGCAACGAUGCCACCAUUCGUAGGCCUGCGCCAUUUUCCGCAGGGGCGGCGCUUCAAGCAGUGGACAGGUGAUGAUACCCGCGGACUGAUGAAGGUGUUCCUGGCUGCACUCCGAGGUCUUGUUCCGGACGACGUUGUUCGCGCCGUCCGAUGGUAUCUCGAGUACGCAUACAUCAUUCGCCAUCCUGAACAGACAGACGACACGCUCCGACGCGCAGAUGAAGCAUGGACUCACUACUGCCGAUUCCGUGAGAUAUUCCGUGUUGCUGGAGUCCGAGAAGACGGCUUCUCGAUCCCUCGCCAGCACGGUCAAAAGCAUACGUCCCGUCACACGCGCAAUUUCGGCGCCCUGUAUGGUCUAUGCACGUCAAUCACGGAGAAUAGGCACAUCACGGCGGUAAAGAAACCGUGGCGGCGAUCAAGUCGCUACAAGGCUAUCGGCCAGAUGCUCCAGACGAACGCACGUCUUGAGAAACUCGCCGCUGCUCGUGUGGACUUCACCGUGCGCGGAAUGCUAGAAGGUACUUGCCUGAGCGAAGCCCUCGAAGCGAUGAUUGCUGCCGAGGACGACCCUGCGGAGGCCGACAUGGAUGUUGACGAUGAAGAAUGGCAGGCCGGGGACGACGAGCCUGAGCGUGAUGAUCGCGGUGCACGCAAUGCCGCGGACAACCUAGAUCAGGGAGAUGAGGUUGGGCCAGUGGCAGGAGCAAACGAAGGUGCUGGUGGUCGGCCUGCCGCUGGUGCUGAUGAAGAACUUGGUGACGCGGUGGAUGGACCACAAGUCGAUGCGUUUGUUGUCCUUGCGCGGCGACCAGCAAAGGGCUAUCCUCGAAGGCUCGGUGACCUUGGUGACUAUAUUGGCCGCCCCGAGCUCCCCACCUGUGUAGCGCGCUUCAUCGCGGGGCAGCUGGGUCAAGAUCCUGAUGUGGAAGACGUGGAUCGCUACAACGAUCCAGACAUACAGGUGACCGUUUACCCAUCUGCCGUAGCAACAUUCUACGCACCAGGUGAUCCUUCGGGAACUGGCGGUAUGCGGCGCGAAUGGAUACGCGCAACACCAUCCUGGCGAAAGGGACCCGCACGGUAUGACUGUGCGUACGUGACUCAUGACCCAGCCUUGGCUGGCUUUCGCGGUCUCCAUGCCGUACGAGUACGCCUACUCUUCUCUUUCACUUUCAUUGGCACAUUUUAUUCGUGUGCGCUCGUCGAGUGGUUCAUUCCGGUCGGAGAUGAAGCAGACGACGUGACGGGCAUGUGGGUUGUUGAGCCCGAGAUCGACGAAGACGGGCGGCGACCAUGCGAGAUCAUACAUUUGGAUACUGUACUCCGAGCAGCUCAUCUCCCUCCUGUCUACGGCGACCAGUUCAUACCGCGCGAUCUCACAGCUGAGGAAACCUUGGACGCCUUCCGCGCAUACUACGUUAACAAAUUCGUUGACUAUCACGGACAUCAACAUUUGUUCUAGUGUAGCAUGUACUACUGUACAUAGUAUUGGAUGGCUCUGCGCGAUCAUGUCAGUACAGUACUACGCGCGCAGUAAGUGAUUUUUUUAGCCCAC